ACAUGUGACGCAACAGAUUUCGGUCCUCUUUUGCGCGAACGCUUGGUGCUGAGGCAGAGAGUAAUCUGCGCGCACUCUCAUCCACUUCUGAUAUCAAGAGCUUUUAACGGUGCGUGAAACCGUCAAGGUUGGAAGUGCAAUGGCGUCCUCUGGAGACAUUCAGGUUAAGGAACUGGAUAAGCGUGCCUCAGGACAGGCCUUUGAAGUCAUCCUGAGUCCUUCGGCCCCAGAUGCCAAGGGAGAGUUUCCCCUGUCCACUCCAAAGAAGAAAGAAGUAUCGUUGGAUGAAAUUCAGAAAAAAUUGGAUGCGGCGGAGGAGAGACGCAAGAACCAUGAGGCGGAGGUCCUGAAGCACUUAGCUGAGAAAAGAGAGCAUGAGAAAGAGGUCCUACAGAAAGCAAUGGAGGAGAACAACAACUUCAGCAAGAUGGCAGAGGAAAAACUUAACCAGAAAAUGGAAGCCAACAAAGAAAACCGCACAGCACGCAUGGCAGCAAUGAAUGAGAAAUUCAAAGAGAAGGACAAGAAGCUUGAAGAGGUACGAAAGAACAAAGAAACAAAAGAGGAUGGGGCGGAGGGUGACAACUAAUUGUCCUCUUUCAUUUUCCUUUUCAUUUAGGGUAUAGUAUUGGGUUUUUUAAUGUAUCCAAAGAUUUAUUUUUUGUUCCAUUACAUGGCCAGUUUUCCGUGUUUGGAUUCAUGUACUUGCCACUUUUUUAUUAAGGGGUUUCGAUGAAAAGCUGGUGCACAACAUACUCUUCAUCACUUUGUGUGUAUUCAGAUGUCCUUCAUCAUCCCCUCUAACCUAAAAGAGCAGUGUUUUACUGAUAGGGAAGCAUGCCUGUGUUAUGCAUAGGUCUAAUAUAUACCUGUAAUGUUGCAUUGUGCACUUGUUCCCCUGUACGUCAAUACUGCCGUCCUUUGAGCUUAAUAAAGUUGCACAGUUGUUUUUUAUCGCAUCAGUUGUGCCACUGCCUCUUUGUUAAUCAGUCAGUGUAAUAUGAAGUAAAGCAACUUCAAAAUGUGUGCACUAUUAUAUAUGGAAAUAUAGGUUGUGUCAGAAUGAUUAGAUCACUUUUUGGACAAUUUUUGAUAUAGUAUUUGUAAUAUGCAUGAGUCUUAGUGUUAACACUAAACUUUCUGACAUCCACAAUUGUUUCUGUUACUAGGUCAUCAUUUUAUAGUGAUUUAAAGUAAAAAAACUUCAUUGUGCUCCUGUGAGAAAUUAGCUAUGCUAAGUGAAUAUAAAAAAUUGCUAUGGUGUAUACUUAACAUUAAUAAGUCUACAAUUUUGCAACUUUUCCAUUGCUGUAGCACUGAGAAAUUUCCAGAAAAAAAAAAACAGUUUCUUGAGAACUACAGUGUACUAUGUGAACUAUACUGACAUCUAGUGGUUUUCAGUAGGUCAAUAAGCAUUAAAAAAGGCAUUUUAAGCAUCUCUUCUUGUUCUGUGUAAAAAUGUUUACACAAUAAAAACUAUUAUUUGUUUCCAACAUAGCUUUACCUGCAUGAAAAUGUAUGGCAGUUGUUAAAAGCUUUGCAGUCCACUGUGAUGAAUGGCUUGUUGUUCACUUGCUGUCACAUUUUUUUUUUUUGUUUUCAGAAACAGUGCAUUCAUCUUUUCUAAGAUGAACAACUUUUUUCAAACUCCCUUAGUAGAAGCAAUUACAUGCAUCCAAAUAAAGUACAUCAUGUCUAGUAACAUGCUGUAUGAAUAAAUGUUUUUUUCUAAGUGAAUAAAAUAAAAACAAAAUCA